AUGCCCCCAGUCAAGGACACGUCUCAUCAAAACAGAAGUGCUAGAGCAUCGGUCGCAUCACCAUCGCCUCUUCGGUAUUCAUCCGCGCCUCCCAGAUAUUCUAGCGUCUUUGGCAUUUCAGCCCAGCAAGUCACGACAGAAGGGGUCUCGCACACCGAACGCACAUACAAUAUAUGUAGCGGGUUGAAGAACAAGCCGUGGGUUACCUUCCGUGUGUUCAGCCAACGGUCCCUAGGGGCUUCGUCAAGACAUCAGGACUUCCCCCGCUUGUCGAGCGGCAACAUGGUUGCAGGCCUGGUCGAGUUAACACUGGAUAGCCCCCAGACUAUACACUCAAUUACUGUCUCCCUUCAUGGACGCGUCAUAAAAGGUUACCUUACCGAAGGAGCUGACACAUUCCUUGACCAUCAAGUUAACAUCUGGACACGCGCCGAUGGGGAUCCCCACUUCCCAGACCAAGUGUUCAAAAAGUUCAAUGGGAGACUCCAUGGGGCUUACCGAUUCCCAUUUGCUUUCCCAUUUCCCACCCUUGUCGAUAUAUCAACUUCAACUGCAUUCCCUCCACCAUUUCAAGAUCCUGUUGGCACAUCGUCCAGCUCGAUCCCUUCGGAUGCUACAGUUUCUCCGACCAGGUCAAGGUCGCUCCUAUAUGCCACCACACCACCUACUUCUCGCUUCCGUUCACAAAGUUCGAAAAAAGCCCCAUCUACGCAGGUGAGCACAAACGACGAGUUCAAUGACACGCACACCGAUGAUGCAUCAACUGCGUAUAUCUCUAUGAGAGGCGCUGUGCGACGCAAGGAUUCCUUGAACCAGGACAGACGGAAAAAUCAAGUUAGUUGCUUCUCUGCGCCAAGUUCCCCACAAGAGUCAGACUCCAAAGCAAGGUUAAAACGAGCAGUAGAAGAACAGGACCGAAUUCUGGCACAAAUUGAAGGCAGCAUUUCAAAUCGCUUGCCAGUUCAUGUCUAUCCUACCCCUCAAACUUUUUCGGAGCGCGGAAUCCGUGCGAACGUGCAAUACGAACUGGUCUUACAUAUUGCGCAUGGGAUGUUGCGCCCAGCUAGCAAAUUGAAGACGGUGGUUAUCUAUACACCUUCCAUCAUCCCUCCCCUAUCUUCAGUUGCUCGCCAGCAAGCCUAUAUCCGAGGUUCUUCGCUUCCUGGACCAGCGGCAGAUCCAGAUGGGUGGCAAACUCUGCCCAAAGUCAUGGUUUAUGGAAAGCUUCCACGCCGGCCUGAGCUCUGUUAUACCCGUGGCACCGUCAUUCCUUGCUACUUGACCCUCGAAUGCUUAGACGUUCAUGCCCUGGAUCUUCUCUCGACGCCUAAAUCUCCCGUCGUCCGGCUCACACGGCGGGUACGUUAUACCGCGGGUGCUCCAUCGACCACUGACGACGUCCUAAAUGAACCAUCAUCUCCCUUUGGCACACUUAGCGGUGAUCCCUUUGCGUCGCCCAUCAAGUCCUUCUUCAACAUGGGGGGCGGCAAACGUGGGGAUAUGACAGAGGAAAUAGACGAAGUCGAUUUGGCGGUUUGGUGGGUCCCAGCGAGUGAUGCUACCCAAGGGAUGUAUCUGAGGAGAUUGGAGGGCGAGAUACAUCUCGCCAAGGACUUACAGCCGACAUGCAGGUUCCUUCCGUUUAGCGUCGAGUAUGCCAUUGAAAUGCUCCCACUGGUUUCACAAUCUUUUGAGCCAUAUUCAACUGGGCGAGAAAAGUUUAUUCUCAUACACCCUGUGGAGAUCGCCACACAUCAUUCUGAGGAAGGCCCUAUGCCAACUGCCUUCACCAAACCUUUCCCUGAUCGAGAACGAGAGAAAAGGGAGAAGGACAGGGAGAAAGAAAAGGAACAUAUGCCAGAACCGCACCCUAUCAAACCGGAACGUGAGGAAGACGGGUUGAUGACGUCAUGUGGUCAACUCGUGCGAUGUCAAACUCAAAUCAUCGAUGUUGGUGAUAGCGAUUCAUACAACGGCACAGUUACCGGUGUCAAACCUGACAAUACCGCUGGACAUCAACUAUCUCCCGAGCACUCAUUGAACGCGGAGUCUCCGAAUAGAUUCCCUCAUCGAACUACGGCUCCUCUUAACAGAGUUGGCACGCGCCUUCCUCGGUAUUCAGCUCUAGGCAGCCAGCAGUCAAUAUCAGAUUAUGAUGUUGAGCCUUACGCUGAUGGUGAAACCAUUGAUCCACGGAGCACCACUGACGAUGGCAUUACAGCGCCCCCAGUUGAGGACGCGUCCUCUCAAAACAGAUUAAGUGCUAGAGAAUCGGUCGGAUCAGCGUCGCCCCCUCGGUACUCAUUCGCCCCUCCCAGAUAUUCAAGCGCCUUUGGCGUUUCAGCCCAGCAAGUCACGACAGGAAGGGCCGAACACAUAUACAACAUAUGCAGUGGGUUGAAGAACAAGCCAUGGGUUACCUUCCGUGUAUUCAGCCAACCGUCACCAGGCGCUUCAUCAAAGCAUCAGGACCUUCCCCGCUUUUCAAGCGGCGACAUAGUUGCGGGCCUGAUCGAGUUCACACUAGAUAGCCCUCAGACUAUAAACUCAAUUACUGUCUCCCUUCGUGGACGCGUCAUAAGAGGUUACCUCGCCGAAGAAUCUGACACAUUCCUUGACCACCAAGUUAGCAUCUGGACACGCGCCGAUGGAGAUCCCCAUUUCCCAGACCAAGGGUCCACGAAAAAGUUCAAUGGGAGACUCAAUGGGGCGCACCAUUUCCCAUUUGCUUUCCCAUUUCCCACCCUUGUCGAUAUAUCGACUUCAACUGCAUUCCCUCCACCGUUUCAAACUCUUCAAGAUCCUGUUGGCUCGUCGCCCAAUCCGAGCUCUUCGAAUGCUACGGUUUCUCCGACAAGGUCGAGUUCGCUUCUACCUGCCACCACACCACCUACUCGCUUCCGUUCACGCAGCAUACCCACGAAUGCCACUUUCUUUUCAGGUUCGAAGAAAGCCCCAUCUACGCAGAUGAGUACAAACGACCACUUUAAUGACAACCACACCCAUGAUGUAUCAACGGCGUAUAUCUCUAUGAGAGGCGCUGGGCGACGCAAGGAUUCCUUGGACCGGGACAGACCGGGGAAUCAAAUUGAAGACGGCGAUUAUCUAUACACCUUCCAUUAUCUCUCCCCUAGCUUCAGUCGCUCGCCAGCAAGCCUACAUUCAAGGUUCUUCGCUUCUUGGACCAACGGCAGAUCCAGAUGGCUCUGCUAUACCCGUGGCACCGUCAUUCCUUGCUACUUGACCCUCGAAUGCUUGGACGUUCAUGCCUUGGACCUUCUCUCGACGCCCAAAUCUCCCGUCGUGCGGCUCACACGGCGGCUUUCUCUGACAUGGGUAUUUCUUCCGUUUAGCAUCGAGUAUGCCGUCGAAAUGCUCCCACUGGUUUCAGACUUUUUUGAGCCACAUUCAACUGGGCGAGAAAAUUUUAUUUUCAUCCACCCUGUGGAGAUCGCCACACAUCAUUCUGAGGAAGGCCCUAUGCCAACAGCCUUCACCAAACCCUUGCAUGAUCGAGAACGAGAGAAAAGGAAGAAGGAAAGGCAGGGAGAAAAGGAUCUUAUGUCACUAGUAAAUAGCAGAAGUCCCGAAUUUGUCAUAAGAUAUCAUUUACGAAGUCAGAUGAUGGUCGUGUAG